AUGCAAAAAUGCUGCAGCGUAUGUCAAAUUCCAUAUUUAGAGACAGCACAAAAACAAAUUUUAACUGUUUUAUCAGGAAUUUUUCAAACGGGUAUGAAUGCAAUUAUGCGCCUAACUGGAAGUGGAAAACCAUCUUUAUUAGACUUAUUAGCCGAUCGAAAAGAUCGAGAAGUCGGUUACGUCGUUCAAGAUGAUAUUCUAACGUCCGAUUGUCGACAAAUUUGUACAAGUGAAAAAAACAAAAUUGUCGAUGAAGUUAUUGCACAAUUAGGAUUAGAGAAAUGUGCAGAUACAAUUGUAGGGACUGAGUUCAGAAGGGGUGUAUCAGGAGGAGAGCGAAAGCGAACAAAUAUUGGCAUGGAAUUAGUUCUUUCAUCUAGAGUUCUCUUCCUAGAUGAACCAACUACUGGGCUUGAUUCAACGAUGGCUCGUAGUGUGAUGGAAUGUCUUCACCAAUUGUCUCAUAACGGACGUGAUCGAUUAUCACCAUCAACUGACAAUGAAAAUAAUCAAAUUGAAUGUCAUUUCAAUGAAGAAUAUAUGAAAACAGAUAUUUACAAGUCAAUUCAAAAUCAAAUAUCCAAAAAGAACUUUGUAUCCAGUGGAAAUAAUAAUGUUCGAUUAUAG